AUGGUGCUGCAGCAGCAAGUGGCGCUGCCGCCCGCUGCGGAGGCUGCAGCGGCCGCAGCAGCAGCCCCGGCGCUGGAGGACCCGCGGCUGCAGCAGCAGCAGCAGCAGCAGCAGGAACAAAAGACGCGGAAGCACACCGCGGACGGCCGGAAAAGAAAAAGUAGCAGAGCUUCUCUCGGAUCUGCGGGAGGGGGGGAUCUUUCCCUGCGGCUGUCUCGGAAGCAGCAGCAGCAGCAGCGAGAGAACUCCAGGGAAAGGGGGUUAAGUCUGAAGAGAGGCAGAAAAAGACUUCAUAAGAGCAGCAGCCACAAAGAGAAGCAUGCGCUGGGCAAAGAAAGACCCCACAGAAAACAAACUCUGAUCGUAGCACAAGAGAAAGAAGGGCGCAUUCAGCAGGAGCAGCAGCCCCCAAGCAGCAGCAGCCGCAGAAGCAGCACCAGUGAUUUGAAGUGGCCAGCCGCGACUGCAGCAGAAAGCGCCAGCUCCCCUUUGCAGCACUCUGGGGCUGAUGAUGCAUGCAGUGGAGGUGAAGAGAAAAAUGCCUCCACAGAUGAGAGUGUCUUGGCCCCAGAUGCAAACGGCACUCGCUGUCAUCCGCCAAGGCCGCCGGCUCGUGUCCUGUAG